AAUGCCGGUUAUCUGCAUUUCUCUCCCCACGAGCUGUCACGCUGACAGCUCGGCACUGAUGAUCAGUGUGCCCUGAUGAUCUGUGUAGCCCCGGCAACGCCACCCGUCAGUGUCCAUCAGUGCCAGCUCUCAGUGCUCAUCCGUUCCACCUGCCAGUGCCCAUCAGUUCCACAUCAAUGCCACAUAUCAGUGCCCAUCUGAGCUGCCUUUCAGUGUCACCCAUCAGUGCCACCUAUCAAUUCCAGUCAGUGCCACCUAUCAGUGCUGCCAGUCGGUGCCACCUAUCAGUGCCAGUCAGUGCCACCUAUCAGUGUGCAUCAGUG